AUGCCAUAUGUGAAAGUAUGGACUCAUACAGGAGGUCAAAAAACUCAAUAUACAAAUGGAGACCGUUCAAACUUUUGGCUUGGCAUUCCAUUUGCUGACUCAGAAGACUUUAUGGGUGGUAUUUCAACUGUUGGUACAGUUCAAAUACAAUAUACUGGUGACAGAGACGGUCCAGAUGAAUUGAAAGCAAAGAAGUUUACAAAACCAAUAGCACUUUUCACGGAAGAUGCUCUUUUGAAGAUUCGUUCGAUGAAACCUGCUGGGGCUCCUCAGAUUGGCAUAACGACAGCUUCCAUCGAGCAGAUUUUGGCAGCAGGUCAGUAA